CGCGCUCUCUCUCCCUCUCUCCGAAUCCCGCUUCCAUUAACAACUACAACACAACUGCCGCUCCGGCAGAGAAAAUGCGCUGGCAGUUGCAGCUCCAAACGCUCCAAAAGCUCCAACUGUUUUGAACACUCCAACAUCUCCAAAAAGAACCCAAGCAAAUCACCACGAUGCCACCGCACAAGUGGACGGAUGAGUCGCGGGACGCGUCCUGUUACUACGAGGAUACGACCGCAUCCCGAUUACGCCGGCCGUCGUCCUCUUCCAACUCCUCCGCCUCGGUGGAACGAUCCGAUGAUGAGGCGGAUGACGAGCGUGAGGCGUUCUGCUCCGGCGAACGACCACUAAUCCGCUCCAGCGGCGCAGCGGAGGUAAACGAUGAUUGUGGUCCAAAGACGCGUCACAUUUUUGGCUUCAUGGGCUUCCUGGGAUUUGCCGUCGUCUAUGCGAUGCGGGUCAAUCUCUCGGUGGCCAUUGUGGCCAUGGUGAAUCAAACGGCCAUUCCGCACAGCAACUCAUCGGUGAUCGAUUUGGACACUUGUCCACUGCCGGAACCCAAUCACAACGGCAGUGAUCCCAAUCCCCAAAGGGAGGGCGAGUUUGUGUGGGACGAGGCCACGCAGGGAUUGGUCCUGGGCAGCUUCUUCUACGGCUAUGUGCUCACCCAAGUGCCCGGCGGACGGAUGGCCGAAUUGUACGGCGGCAAGAAGAUCUACGGGUACGGAGUGCUGGUCACGGCUAUUUUCACACUACUCACCCCGCUGGCCGCCCACUGGGAUCUGCCGCUGCUCGUGCUGGUCCGCAUUUUGGAGGGCAUGGGCGAGGGCGUCACCUAUCCUGCCAUGCACGCCAUGCUGGCCCACUGGAUACCGCCGCUGGAGAGAAACAAGUUUGCUGCCGUCGUCUAUGCGGGCUCCAAUAUAGGAACCGUCAUAUCCAUGCCCCUGGCCGGAUGGCUUUGCUCCCUGGACUUUUUGGGCGGCUGGCCAUCGGCCUUCUACAUCUUUGGACUGCUGGGCAUCUUGUGGUUCGUCGCCUGGAUGUAUCUGGUGUACGACAAGCCCAGCGAUCAUCCCCGGAUUUCCUCGUCGGAGCGUGAGUACAUCGAAAGGUGUCUCAGGCUGGUAAAUCAGGAUAGAUUGGUGGCGGAGGAGCAGGAUCAGGAUGAGGAGCAGGAUGGGGCGAAUCUAAGGAGGCCGCAGGAGGAGCCCAUACCAUGGUCAUCGCUGCUCACCUCUGUGCCCCUGUGGGCCAUCCUGUUGACCCAAUGCGGUCAGGGCUGGGCCUUCUACACGCAGCUAACCGAACUGCCCACCUACAUGAGCAACAUUCUGCACUUUGACAUCCAGUCUAACGCCCUGCUGAAUGCCGUGCCCUAUCUAACCUCCUGGUUCGUGGGCAUCGCCUGCUCCGCCCUCGCGGACUGGAUGCUGGCCAGACGCUACAUAUCUCUGUUGAACUCGUACAAGCUGUGGAACACGGUGGCCUCGGUGGUGCCGUCGCUGGGCCUGAUUGGCAUCAUUUACGUGGGUUGUGAUUGGGUGUGGGUCACCUUUAUGCUGGCCGGUGUGGGCUCUUUUGGCGGAGCCGUCUACGCCGGCAACCAGAUGAACCACAUAGCCCUAAGUCCCAGAUUUGCGGGCACCAUGUACGGGAUUACCAACUCGGCGGCCAAUAUCUGCGGCUUUAUGGCGCCCUAUGUCAUUGGGUUGAUCAUCAACCAUCGCGAGACCUUGACCCAGUGGCAUCUGGUCUUUUGGCUGGCGGCCGGCUUGAAUAUUGGCGGUAACUUCAUCUACCUGAUCUUCGCCAGCGCCGAGGAGCAGAGCUGGUCGAAGACACCUGCACCCACUACAACACGCAUCUCACGAGCAUCCCUGCGCGCUUAAAGCACGCAAAACUAUUCGCUAUUUUAGCUAGAUCAUAAGCAUUUGUGAUAAUUCCGAUAUACACAUAUAUAUCCUA